AUGGACAGCACAGAGGUUUCACCUGAUGAUGCUCGAGCUAGUGAUGCUCACCUCCGUGAUCCUACACCGCCCAGUGGUGGUGAGAAGAAGGACGAUGGCACUUCUAAGAAGGCCACUGUCAGGAAGAGAACCAAAACUGGAUGUCUAACAUGUCGAAAGCGGCGGAUCAAGUGCGACGAGGGCAAGCCAACGUGCAACAACUGCAUAAAGUCUAAAAGACAAUGCGAAGGCUACAACCAGCGUGUCGUCUUCAAGGAACCCAUCAACGCCUUCCAUGGCGGUUCUUUCAACCCCAUGGUCUUCCAGACCCAGCCUGCCGGAAGGAUGCUCAAUCCACAGCUUUCGAACGCGCAGUCCAAAGCUUCCGCUGCGCAAGGCCCCCUGCCUGCCAUUGCUCCCAAACCGAGCAGUGCACACUUUCCACCCGCCCACUUGAUGCCACAGGGGUUCGAAUACAUGGGCCAACAGACCCAAGGUCCAUCAGACCUCCCGUUGGACUUGAAUUCGGUUCCGUACGAUCGAUCUGCCUUCCUGCCCAACACAGCUUUCAUGGAGCCUCCUCAACCCGGACACUAUCCUCCAGAGCAGUCGCUUGGAGCAGAUGACGGAUUGAUGUACAAUCAGUCGCAUCCAGAGCUGCAAGACCAGCAUCCUAUGGGCCAAUUCUUACCUGUGCACCACGAGAGCCGCUUCCCCGGUGGGGAACCACCCAUCCCAGUGCAGCACGGAACAUACAUCGACCAGGGUGGCCUCCAAUCCAACAUGUACCUCGAGGACGACCAAUACUGGGAUGUGUCAGAUGACGAGGAGCUGAUGGCGGAUUCUGGAGACGAGGGAGGCCAGACCUCAGGGCACUUGCUCUCUAAUGACCAAGGCGUUCAAGUCCUGGCCCGCCUGCGAGAACGGCAAGGCUCCUUCGAUACGCACAUUAGGACCUUCUCGGCUAUGGGCACAGGAUUCGCUUUGACAAACUAUCGCCCGUCCCUCUCCAACUCACCCUUGACCGAUACCCAGACCGCCGCCAUCUUUUGGCAUUUCGUCACCGUGACCGGUCCAAGUAUGUCUCUCUAUGAGCGCCAUCCAGUUGACCCAUCGCCUAUGUUCAGCGGAGAGCCUGUCCCCACCACUAAGCAACACAUUUGGACCUACACGUUUCCAAUCCUCGCGUUGAAUCACUCAGCCCUUCUUCAAGCUAUGCUGGCUCUGGGAAGCUUGCAGAUGGCCAAGCUGGACGGGCACCCACCUGUGGCCUCCUUGAAACACUACGCAAUCUGUCUGAGGCGACUGCAGAAGAACUACGAGAGUCCCGUCAGACGCCUACAGCCUGCAACUCUUGCAGCCACCCUCCUCCUUGGGUUCUACGAAGUGUGGAAUUCGGAUCACGAUAAAUGGUGUAAGCACAUGUGGGGAGCUCGAGCCAUUCUGAAGGAGAUUCCCCUCAGCGAGAUGACCAGCGCGAUCAUGAGAUUGAAGCAGGAGAAGAGGAAUACACUCGAUACCGACUGGGAUCAGGUCAACAUAGAUCUCCUGACUCAAUUGUGUGGAAGGCGCGUACGCUUUGCAGAACCUGGACAUGUCUCCUCCACCUCAAGCUGGGUUCCCCCAACGCACUAUACUGAGCAAGACAUUGAAACAUAUGAGCAUGUAAGGGAUCUAUAUUGGUGGUACUGCAAGAUGGACGUCUAUCAGAGUAUCCUGGGAGGGACGCCCCUUCUCAUGGACUAUGAUCUUUGGACGCAGUGUGGACCGAGGGCAACAAUCGGAAAGAUCGAUUGCAUCUUCGGGACAUUCGACCACUUGAUGCUGCUCAUGGGUCGUCUAUGUAAUUUUGCCUCGCGAGAUAUGGAGCGCAAGCGCAAAUCCAAGAAGGCAGGCCCUCCGGGACCUGGCGGGUCCGACAACUCUCCGCCGGGAUUCCCUGGUCUGAUGCCGGCGUCAGGCAAGGUCACUAUACCGAAGGGUUUCAGCCCGCCCAGAGACAAGACCCCUCCCAGCGACACUGCCGAGGACAUGGACAUCGAGGCUCGCACCGCGGCUGCCCUGCAGGAGUGGGAGGCCAUCCGACAGGCCUUGGAGCUCUUCAAGGCACAGCUGGGGCCGGACUUCGAGCCGAUGGGCGCGGACCUCCACCCAGCCUCGCAGUCGCCCUUCGGGCCUGUUCUGAACUACCGCACCUACGGCAUCGCGGGCAUCUGGCUCAACUACCUGAUGGCCAUGAUUGUCCUCCACCGGUCCCACCCCUCGAUGCCUCCUGUCGCCAUGAUGGCGGCCGGCAUGGCCGCGAGGCAGUCGGCGCCGUUUGCCGCUCAGAUCGGCCAGAUAGUGGCCGGCCUGGUUGAAGACUGUGCUUAUGUUGACGUCGUGAGCACGCUUUCGGGCGCCAUUUUCAUCGAGAGCAGUUUCCCGCUCUUUGUUUCGGCGGUUCAGUACCAGAACCAUGACCAGAGAAUCUGGACCAUCAAACGCCUGCACGAUGUAUCUAGGUUGACCGGGUGGCAGUCCGCAAGGCAGAUGGCGGGCGGCUGCGAGUCGGCAUGGAUGAAGGCGGCGUCCAUGGGACGGGGUCCGCCGUACAAGAGGCCCACGGAGAGCGAGCUCGAGGUCCCGCGCACCGCUUGGCCUGCGCCCAAGAGGAUCCUCGACAGGAUACAAGAGUUGGGCGACAGCGACCAGCCCGUCACCCUGACAAAGUCGGAGCGGCCAUCGUACGCGUUUGGUCUGCUGAGCAUGGAGGAGGAAAUGGAGAAGCUAGAGCUGGACGACGACAAGAAGGAGGAAGGGAACGAAAAGUAG